GCUGUCCUUUGGUUCCAACCACUUCCGCUUUGUAUUUGAGUACCAGGAAAAGAGCUGUCACAAAAAUUCCACGGCCCGCCGUCACUCCUCAUGCGACCUCGGAAGCCAUGGAGGCCUCACAGGCCGUCCAAGAGUGCUCCAUUUGUAAUGAGGAGGUGGGUUCCGAGGCGGAGGCGAUGCAUUGCCUGGGCGCCACGGGCGGAUUGCAGCACCGCUUCCAUGGGCUCUGCCUGCGGCGCUGGGUGGAGUCCUGCAGGAGCCGUGCUGCCCAGCCCAGCUGCCCCAACUGCCGGGGCCCCGUGGAGAUCCACGCGGAGCGCCUGGCCUCGCAGCUGGACGAAGCCUCCGUGCAGGAGUUCUUGGCCAACCACGCGGCCAGCUCGGCCGGAUGGGUGCGACUCGGGGAGUCCAGCCUGGACAGCUCGAAGCCAAGCAAUUCAAGGCUUACAGCGGAGAUUCGAUGCCUUAGACUUGGCACUGGCGCAGACACGGGAGGAGCCGCAGCGACAUCCAGAGCAGACUGGCUUGGAGGAGGAUCCCAUUCAGGAGCCGUGGCGUCCCCGAAAGCCCUGCCCUUUGGCGAGCGGCAACUGCCGUCAGAGGCUUCAAGUAGGAGAGGUGGAGGUGCUGUUUCCCUUCCAGAGCGUCUUGCCGCCGCAGCAGCAGGUCAUCACCAAAGUUGUGAAUGGCGCGCUGCAGGGGAGGCAUGUCUUGAUCGAGUCCCCCACGGGCACGGGGAAGACCAUGGCGCUCCUUUGCGCCGCGCUGGCGGCGCAGCGCCGCAUGGCGCUCCUACGCGGCAAAGCUCCGCGGGUGAUCUUCGGCACGCGGACCCACGCGCAGAUCAAGCAGGUGGUGAAUGAAGUCCGGCGCUCGCCCUACCGACCCUGGCUACAGGUUGUGGGCGGCCGAGACCAGAACUUGUGCAUCCAGCCACGAGUGCUGGAACAAGCCAGGACGGAUGAUGCCCUGUCCUCCCAAGCCUGUCGCUUGGCGCGGCGCGGGGCGGAGCGCGGCCGCAACAGCAACGUGGUGGCGGCAGAUGGCAGGGUCGCGGAGGCAGACGUGAAGUGCGACGUGUGGCUGCCGUUGCAGGAGCUUUCUGUGGUGGCCGGCGCCCAUCAGCAGAUGAGGAGCGAGGCUGAUGGCUCCGGAGGCAUGCUGGAUAUGGAGGACUUAGCUGCGUUAGGCGGCCGCCUGAACUGCUGCCCCUACUUUUUGUCUCGGGCCGCGCUGGCGAAUGCGGAGCUGGUGAUUUGCCCGUACAACUACCUUCUCGGGGAGCAGCUGGCGGUGGCGAUGGGACUGGACGAGAGAGACAUCGUGAUCAUCGAUGAGGGUCAUAACCUGGAAGACUACUGCUGCGAGAUUGGUUCGGAAAGCGUCACCGGCAGCACGUUGCUGGAGAUCUUAAACCGCAUCGAAGAAGCCGAGAUAUACCUCCAGGAGUUCCGCUCGGAGGGCGUCGACUUCUUGCGGCUGAGCCUCGUGAAGACCACAGUGCAGGCGAUCCAGCGACUUUGCUCUGAAGUGAUGGAUGUGGGGCCCGGAUCCACAUGGAAUUCCACCCUGGAAGCCCGCCCCAGCGUCAUGGAGUUUCUGGAAAGAGCGGGGGUGGAGCAGAGCUUCGUGGGAGCAGUGCGGCACUUUCAAGAAGUGCUUCAAGGCCGCCGCGGUGUCGCCGGAAGCGCACGAAUGGAGGGCUUGUCCAUGCAGGUGCUGAAGUCCCUUCGGGAGCUCGAGGGCCUGGCCGCCGCCCUUGCACGCUGCAUCGAGGCGCCUCGCCAGUUCAAGAUUCACUUGGAGGCUGUCGGAGUGUCCGCUCGCGGAACUGUGCGAAGCUCGCAGUCGCAGAGGGCCAGCCAGGAAGCCACGGUCGGCGCGUCGGACUUUGAGCUUAGUAUUCUUCUUGUCCGGCCAGAGGCGGUCUUCCAGCCGCUGGCGGACUCGGCGCACUGCGUCAUCGUGGCCAGCGGAACCUUGGCCCCGGUGGCCGCCUUCCAAGUGGCACUGGGCCCCGCCUUCUGCAACAGGUUGCUGCCCGGGGUUUUGGAAGCGCCUCACGUGAUCUCCAGCAGUCAGCUGGGAGUGGUCUUCGUGGGGAGCGGCCCAUCGCGGAGCUUGCGGUGCACCCGAGAGCCCAUGGCGCAGUCGGAGUUCUUGCAAGACUUGGGGAAGCUGCUGCUGCUCUUGCUCAAGGAGAUUCCAGGCGGCGUGCUGGUCUUCAUGCCCUCCAAGAAGGGCCUGGAGGAUGCGCAACACGAGUGGAGGCAAAGCUUGGGACUCCAGCGGUCCCUCUGGGAGCGCCUGCGGGAGGUGAAGGGCUGCGUGCAGAUGGAGACGGAGAGCGAGGCCUUGAGGCGGCACCAGGACGCAGCCUCUGAGGGCGCAGUGCUCUUCUGUGUCUACCGCGGCCGUGCCAGCGAGGGCCUCUCGCUGUCGGACGUGGCGGUGCGGGGGGUGAUCUGCGUGGGCAUCCCACUGCGGCCGCUGAACCCGGCGGUGCGGCUGAAGAGGAGCUACUACGAUCAGGUGAAGCCGAACGGGAAGAAUGGGGAAGACUGGUAUAGCCAGGAUGCCCAUCGAGCUGUGAAUCAGGCACUGGGACGUGCGGUGAGACAUAGACAGGACUAUGGCGCGGUGGUCUUGGUGGACGAGCGAUGGACAUGCGCAGGAUCCAUGCGGGCGGUCCGCUACUUGCCCAAGUGGCUGCGGGAGCUCAUCGGCAUCAACGACGGCAUCCGCGGACAGCACUUGGCGUUUCAUCUCGAAAAGGUGCUGCAGUCCCUGCGGCAGCACUUUGCGCGCCACGCAGGUGAGCCGGAGGAUUUCCAGACCUCGCGGAUGGUCCGGCCCCGGACCAUCUGAGUCGUUCGAGGGGCUCAAAGUUCGGAUGGAGCACUCCAUGUCUCAUUGAAAGCUACCGAGAGAGGGGUCACAAGAGUUUGGUUCCAAGAGAGGGUGUCCCUCCAGUGGCCUUCCCAAACGGAGGGCGCCUCAAUUUCCCGUUUGGGACCAUGUGUUGAGGAGACCCAAAUAUUUGGAGCUGAUGGAAAUGGCAAGCGCCCGUGUCAUUUGCACGUGUGUCAGGGGAUGACAAGCGUUGCCAGUUCCUGAGCUGAUGGUUUAGUCUGUGUGGGCAAUGCUUGUGUAGGGGCAUUGGAACCCCUACGCGUCCACCGCCGCACAAAGAUUGCAGGCGCAACUUUUCCGUGGCUCAACCAGGCAAGCCUUUCCAGCGUUUGCGGAGA